AUGGCGUUGGAGUCACAGUCGGCCAUGAGAAAUCACAUGCAAGUGACUGAGUUCAUCCUCCUGGGGAUCACGGACGACUCGGACUUGCAGACGGCGAUUUUCCUUUACAUGCCUGUCACCUACGUACUGAGAGUCACCGGAAAUCUGACCAUCAUCACUCUCACCCUGCUGGACUCUCGCCUCUAUAUGCCCAUGUACUUCUUCCUGCGCUGCUUCUCCUUCCUAGAGAUCUGCUUCACGUCCACCUGCAUUCCCAGAUUUCUAGCCACCAUCGCCACGCGGGACAGGACCAUUUCCUACAUCUGUUGUGUGGCACAGCUAUUCUUUUUCUUCCUGCUGGGGGCGACCGAAUUCUUCCACCUGGCCGCCAGGUCCUACGACCGCUAUGUCACCAUCUGCCGGCCUCUGGAGUACACAACCAUCCUGAUGGAUUUCAUCUUGGCCUUGGGGACACUCCUGGUCACCUUGGUGUUAGUUGCCAUGCCCUACAUGCUCAUCGCCCGCGCCAUCCUGAGACUGCCCUCCACUCAACAGAGGAAAAAAGCCUUUUACACUUGCUCCUCCCACAUGGUCAUGGUCUCCAUCACAUACAGGCGCUGCAUCUUUAUGUACAUCAAACCAUCCACUAAGGACAGAGUGGACCUGACCAAGGGGACCUAA